CAAGCAUAGUUAAUAACAUGUCGCUCACACAAAUGCGUGAUAAACUAACAUGUGAAGCUACUUUGGUGUUUUGAUUUUAAAAUAAAAAUGCUUCUUAUGUAGAUAAGAGUUUGGACUUUCCAGUCUCGUUUCCGGUACUACGAUGCGACGUGUUUAUGAUUAACACAUGCCUUUGAAAUGCUGAAAAGUAUGUCUGUAUUUACUUUAAAAUUUCUGGAAUAAGAACAGAACACAAUCAGAACAGGGGAAUACCUCUGAAUGAAAGUGAUCUCUGCAAAGAUUAAAGAGUUCUAAAUAUAUAAACAAUAUCGGAAAUCUAAAAAAAAGACAAUGGAACAUAUAUUGACAGUAGAAGAUAUAGAUGCGCUUGAUGAUAUAGGGACGGCGUUUGAGAUAUGUGAGACGUAUGAUAUCCCCACAGUGGGACUUGACACAUUAGAAGACAUUGUUAAACGUCUCAAAAUGCAUUACCUUGCCAGAAAACAUGGCAGUUACAGGAAAAUGAUCAGCGAGUCCAUGGCUCGCGAUGGCAAAGAAGACAAAACUAAGCGACAACAAUUGAUCGAGAUGUUCCAGAAACUGCUGCAGAUAGUUCAGCCCUCCGAUGAGUCCCACAAUCAAAAGUUCGUGAACGACUUUCUCUCCAGCGACGGAACAACGGAUAACAUUCUGGAAGACUGCAACAAGCGCAUUCGCGAGUUGGGAAAAGACGAGGCGGUCCUGCUGGUAGCAGGUGAAACAAAUGCAGGUAAAACAAGUUUCUUGAACCUGCUGUUUGGGAUGGAUAUUCUCAAAGUUAGCGCGCUGUCGUGCACCUCCCUUAUCACCUCUGUACGGUACGGCCCGAGGCAACUGUUCAAGGUCAUCUACAAGGACCAAAGCAAGCCCAUUUUUGAGACGGAAAGCCUCGAUACGUUUCACAAUAUCGCAUUUCCUCGUGGGAAAGAGAGGGAGAUAGAUCACGGAGUGAAGGAAGCACGAGUCUAUUUGCCAUUAGAUAUCCUUAAGGGUGGCCUUGUUCUUACGGAUUCACCGGGUAUUGGCGAGAACGACUUUUUGGAAGACUAUUUAAUGGAGUACAUAGCCGAGAAUGACAUACUCGGCUUCAUCUACGUAAUAUUCUCCGACAAUGCCGGUGGUGUUCAGGAAGACAGGCUACUUCAAUUACUAAAACUUGUUAUGCAAGAGCAAAAGAAGAACGACAAAGCACUUCCGUUUGACCCCAAAGCCGCCCUGUUUGUAGCCAACAGAUUCGAUGCCGUUGAGGAAUCGGCAAAAGAAACAGUCAAGGACCAUAUAACAUCUAAACUGAAGAGCUGUUACCCGCAGUUCGACGACUCGAAAAUCGUGUUCUUUUCCGCACAUAAUGCAAAACGCGAUGUAACAGCUCACCCUGAUUACAUCAGCGAUAACUUCCGGACUCUCCUCGACUCUCUCAGCAGGCUGUAUUCGUAUGUUACAGAACGCCGCCUCAGGAUUUAUUACAAAUGGAUUGAGCAUGUUCUUCAACGAGUUAGCCAUGUCAUGAAAUCAGCGACAACACGACUGGCUCUGUCACAACGAGCAAACACAGAACGAUCUCGUAGACACAGGCAUAGAUUGGAGAAACUACAGACUGAUACUGAUGCCGUCAUUAAGGAGUUGCGAGCGGAAGUUGUGGUUCAAACUAAGAAGAUAUCGCAGGAGCUUCACAGACAUUUGCAACAACCGAUGACAAAAAUGCGCCUUACAUCGUCGUGGAAAGACGGCGAAAUACCACAGGUGACGUCCGAAAUUCGUCACGCAAGUCACUGGUUAUGGAUCAAACAACGCGUAGACACAGCCUUUUACGACAGGGUAUAUACAGAACUUGAAGACUGGAGUUUUGAAAACAACACCAUUGAUACGAUUGAAGCGGAAAUAGUAGCAUGCAUCGAGACAAAACUUGGUGUUUUACAAGCUGAGAUUACGUCAUCGGAGAAUUCGCUGAAUACUACCAAACAGUCAACGGAUUCCUCGGAUAGCGACACCCGACGAAUGUCACUUAAACGCAUCAGUUUGAAACCAAGCCUGAUUGAAAUACCUGACAAAUUACCUGUGAAAUUAGCUCAUAGAAUUAAACCAAUCUUUGCGUUUGGUAGGAAGAAGGAGACAAUGAGAUUCGAAAAAGAUCCGGUGCAAUGGGCGGGAAGGCGAUCAGAAAAGUUGCUGUCACAGUUGUUGAAAAAUAAGAAACAAAGCGGUAAGGGUCCAUUAGACAUUUUGCUGGAAGUUCUCAUGCAAAGGCCUUCCGACCUGAUUGAUCUUCUUGAAGAAAAGAUACCAACAAUUAUAAAAGCAAACGUAGGGCUAUUGGAUAAACUCGAAGAACUCGCCGUGGAUCACAGGCGAGAUGCGUAUAUGUAUGAGAAAAUGCUAGAAGAAAUUGAAGGGCUGAAAACUGUACUCAAACAUUACGGAGAAGGUUAUGUUUUUGUGAAUGAUUUCAAACUUAGUGAAAUCCGCAUCAUAACUGGCCAACUUGGAGACGGUCAGAGUCUCCAUAAAACAUUCCGCUCAUUCUCCAUGAUAAAGGACGAUGAACAAAGUAUCGAAGGGCCUAUCGCAAGAGAUGCUCCCCACGGUCUGUGGACCUAUUUGCACGCUGGGAUUUUUCAGAGAGAUGGGACGGAGAAGCCGAUAACGAUAAAAUUGUACACGACAGCGUCCGGAAUGAGUUGCAACCAACGCGAAGUCGCAAAACUGAGAUCCCUCUUGAGUACAGACUCCCAUCUGGCCGAGUUCUUGGGAAUACACCAUACCGAUGCAAUAAUUCCUGCGUAUAUAUUUGAUCAAAGACUGGUGUCACUGUCGAAGUUUCUGAACAAUUACGACAAACCGGACGAUUAUGUCCACAAAGUUUUGCUCGAAACAGCCAACGGACUGUUAAACCUCCAUUCAAUGGGGCUUGUACACAUGGAGAUUUCGCAACAUACCAUAACAGUCACAGAGAAAGGAGACGUAAAGCUUACAGGGGCGUGUGUACCAAGAAAGGCAUCGUUCCCCAUUGACGGUGAAGCAAAGGUGGGAAACUUCGUGUACCUGCCUCAUGAGGUCUUGAACGAUGAAUUGUACAUCACAUCUGGAGACGUGUAUGGGUUCGGACUGUUGAUGUAUGAACUGAUGUACGAUCGACAGGCGUUCGAUGUUCAAAGGUCUUACAGAAUUCGUGAUUUUGUUCAAGACCUUAACCCUGAGGCCAUGUUGCGUUUGGACCAGGAUAGCGGGGGACUCCCCGGUACAGUUGUUCGCCUCGUCCAGAUUUGUGUGAAGAAGUUGAAUAGCGAAAGGUCAACGAUCAACACUGUACUGAACCAACUUCAGGUAAUCGGUGACGAUCUGUCGAAAGCUUUCAGACGGUCAGUCAGAGAAACUAGCUGGCGCCCACCGAGAAAAUUCUCUGGCAGAAAUAUGCAUUGAAGAUUUCAGCCAAAAAAAAAAAACUCGAUUUUUAACUGAAGGUGCCAGAAUAUAUCUUACUUAUCAUAUGCGCAAAGAAAUAAUACGCAAAGUCUUGUUAUCCAGAUACGUUCACGCUGUUGGUUUGUUUAUGAAAACAAUGUAUUUUUAUGUCUACAACAUGUGGUGCUUAAUGAUAAACUACAUGUAUGAGCCAGAUGUAGAAUAUUCCGUUAUGGUUUCCUCAAUUUCUGUUUUGCAAUGACUAUUCCGUUAGGAGUUUUGUUAAUUUACUACGCACUAAUAUGUAUAACAAGAGCCACGAUCUGUGAAAACCGGGCUCUAUGCAUGCGCUUGAAGAGGCGUCACAGAUAAGCUUGUGCAUUUCGUUAAAAUAUAUUUUACUUUUAAA